AUGGAAACAAAACUUGGAAACGGCGCUGGUAAACGUCCGGUGCUCCCGCGACAGCGGUCCGGAGGGAAACCGCAGCCCGGCCGCAGCGGGGGGACGGACCAGGUGUCACUCCUGUGGCACCAGGGAUGGAGACAUGGAGACGGGUGUAGAUCAGGGAGGGCAUCAGUCUCCGCAGGCCGGGCCAGGCCUCUGGUGAGCGGCCUCUUAUUUCAGACCUUGACCUUCCAUCUGCACCGGAUACGUUGCAGUGUUGCUGGAGGAGAAGCCGCCGUCAGCCGCCCUGCCCGCAUCAGCCCCUGGCUGCAGGCCCGACCUUUCACCUCUGGCCGCUGCCCCGGAAGCGCUGCGCCCGCUCCGCCGGCGGCCGUUUCUCCGGGCGUCGGCCGGCAGAGGAGCCGCUCCAUGGAGGCGCCGGGCCGCCGCAGGGCCCCGCACAGCCCCGGUCCCGGCCGCCGCAGGGCCCCGCACAGCCCCGGACCCCGCACGGUGCGGGUCAAAACCGAGGGCGCGGCCUUCAAGCGGCGCCGCUCGAGUUCCGGCUCGUCCGGCGGCAGCCUGUCUCCGCCCGGGCACCGGAGGGGCCGCUCGCCGGGCCGCAGGGAGCCGGGCCCCGGGCCGCAGCAGCAGCAGCAGCACCCGCGGCCCGACGCCAAGUGCAGGCGGGAACGACACGACCAUCCGCGACAGGAGCACAAUGAAAGACGUCACAGAGACCACUCCGAAGGGAAUGAGCACCGGCGCAAGAAGGACAGUGACAGAGAGCGACGCAGAGAGUGGUCAGACCGUGGGCGAGCCCACAGCAAAAAGAACGGCGGGCCUCGCACGGAAUCCAGCGCGAGUAGCCGAGACAGGGAGGUUCAGCAGCUGAGUGAGCAGCAGGCCGAGCGCAGGUUGCACGACGAAAGGCGGCGCCAGAAUCGUAAUCGGUUCAAAACACUUGGUGCUGAGAAUCCUGAAUCUGAACCGAACAGUAGCCAGGCUAGUACCGGCACUGCUGCACAGGUUAAAGAGGAGCCGAAUUUUGAGUUAUCUGGUGCCCUUGUGGAAGAUACAAACACCUUUCGUGGAGUGGUGAUAAAAUACAAUGAACCACCAGAGUCCCGGAUCCCAAGGAAACGAUGGCGACUCUAUCCAUUCAAGAAUGAUGAGCCCCUCCCGGUCAUGCACAUUCAUCGUCAGAGUGCCUAUCUUUUGGGUCGGCAACGAAGAAUAGUGGACAUCCCAAUUGAUCAUCCCUCCUGUUCCAAGCAACAUGCGGUGCUACAGUACAGACUUGUGGAGUUCACACGUAGUGAUGGUACACCUGGCAGGAGGGUGAGGCCAUACAUCAUCGACCUGAGCUCUGCCAAUGGCACCUACCUUAACAAUCAACGUAUCGAAGUCCAACGAUACUAUGAACUCCGAGAAAAGGAUGUGCUGAAAUUCGGUUUCAGUAGCAGGGAAUACGUCAUUUUGCACGAAUUCUCAGAUACUGCUGAGGUGGAUGCAAAACAAGAACAGAAUGAUGAGGAUGAAGAAAUUGAAAGUUAAUGUAAAAAAACACCUCCUCACUGUGCAUUUUGAAAUUGGCACUGUGGUUUCACUUCCCCUUGCAGUUAAAUAGUUAUACUAUAAUUGGAAGGACCAAUGGACAAUUGACCAAUUUAGUUUUUCUGUCCAAGCCAAGCCAACGGAAAGCGCAUAUUGACUCUCAAAUUAAAGUUCCAGAUCAACUCGAGUUCGAAAUGCAGUCUUGCUAACAGAACUGAACAUGUAAUCUCUUCAGACCAAAUGUUGAAGGUUCUAUUUUGCAGUCGAUUUUCAUGUGUUGUAAUCUGGUGCAAUGACUUCAGUAUGGUGUUCAGGAAGCUCACUAAAUGGUAGCAAGAACAUAUGAAAUUGCUGCGUAAAUGUUACCAAGCAGCUACUAAAGGGCAGUGUUGUUAACUAUGUAGGAAUAUAUGAUUGUUUUCAUUGUUAUUUUGUUUUAUUAGUUUCAAGUUAUUUGAUGGAGAGCAAUGAACUCCAUAAACAAGUUUACUAAUGGACUCCUUGGUCUGAGGAUGUCAGAAAACAAGACUUAUGGCUGCUUGGGCUUCUUUUAUACACCUGUUUUGCAAGCUCUAAGAUGUUGAGUUGCUAGUCUGAAGCCUUUUAUUUCUUUUUCUAACCGAAAAUUGUGCUCAAAUCAAUGUUCUUUCUAAUUUAAAACCUUUGUUUUGUACAUUUCAGGUCCCUCUGGCAUUUGGAUAAUGUAUUAAUGGUUAAAAAAAAGGCAAUAACUUUUCUUUUUGUCUAAAAAAUAAUGUCUUUAAUCCUGUUAAAAUGCAGGGCGUUAUAUUUUCUCACAAUUCAGGUUUAUUUCGCUAAUUUUGUUUCCUUCUUGUUGCUAUUUUGGUUAAAAAGGGGGAAAUUAGGGAUUUUAUUCCUGGUGAUCUAUGACACCCAGUUACUUAAAAGUUACAUGCAAAGCAGGAGACUUUUGGUUAAAGGUUUAUUUUUGUUCUCUCCAGUGAGUUGUUGUUUAGAGUGACACUGAGGAGCAAGAAACAACAGGAACCUCAGCAAACCACUACACAGUAAACCUUGGAAAUAUAACCCUCUGCCUCAUGGUAUUGAUCCAUCACGUUUGAUUUGGACACAGUCACAAAUGCAGCUGUACCUCUGCACAGUGAAAAUGACAUGCUAAUGGCAUCAGCUGAUGGAGACAUUGUAACGAACAUCCUUAAAUAUUAAUUCUAAAUAAUACUUGCAUUAUAGAUGCACUUUCUCCUGAAAGAGAUCCAUCUUUUCCCGUAUAUAAUCAGCUAAAUUCCUCGAUAUCCAGAAAUUCAACUGAUUGCGAUUGAAAAGUGGAUCAAAAUCUUGAAUUUAAAUCCCUGUACUGUUUGUCAGCAAUUGAAUAUCAUCAAUUUCACCCACCUUCUGAGCUUGGAGUCUUUCAACUGCGAGUAUGGUCUGAUUCUGGUCUGUAAUAUGUAAAAGCCUUGGAUUAGAGAAAGAAUUAGUAGGAAUACUUGUAUCAUUCAACACAUCUAUAUUAUGUUUCCAACAAUUAUUUCUGACAUCUUGUAGUAGGAGACAGGUAUUCCACCAACAUUCAUUUUAAUUUUUUUGUAGCUCUUGUGAAAGGCCAUGGACCUGGAAUGUUAACCCUAUGCUUCUCUCUCCGCAGACGCUGUCUGAUUUAAUGAGUGUUUACUGGCAUUUUCUGUUUUUAAAUAACUUUCACUACGUUGAUGAGACUGUCCAGUUAAGAUGCCUGGAUGUCUUGGACACGUAACUGCAUCUAAUGCCUCUGCCAUAACUGCUUGGAGAGAAGAUAUUCAUUUUUAAAUGACAGAGUGGUGGGGGCAGGGUGCAAUUGGAAUCAGUUAGCUUUAUUGAUUUUUAUUUCUCGUUGACCUAUUGCAUUGAUUUUGUUUGAGGAGUAAGUUUUUUAUUUCUCAUGACAAGAAAGAGUUUGAUGUUGAGGGCUUGCUUGGAAGGGGCAGGGGAGCUAAAUCUGGCAUCUAAAUCGCGUGUUUCUUCAAAAAAAAGGAAGGCAGGUAAUGAAAAGUUACUGCUUUUAUGUCUGUACAAUUACACCGAUCUGUGUAGGCCUUGAAAACAACCAUUCAGGAAAAAACUCUUUUUCUUUACUUAAAUUCUUUGUUAAUAAAUACGUCUGCUGAAACGUUCAUGGAUUUUCAUACCAAAGGGCUCAACUUUACCCCCGUCCCCAGUGCAGUUGUAUAGUCAGUCAGAUUGUUGCUAAGCAACAGGAGGUGAUGAUGAACAGCGGCACAAGCCUACCUUUUGCCGCAUUUGUUAUUAAAUGGAAAGCUGUUGUAAAAUACUGCUCAAAAUUAUAUUUUGUUGUAUAAAGAAAACUGGUGUUCUGUAGAUUGUAAUAUUGACUUUGUUACAAUCACCCCUAUGUUUUUGGCAGUCUGUAUCAUUUUUAGUAAAGUAGAUUUCAAACAAUA